GCAUGCUUCGGCCAGUGUCAAUGGUGCGGUCGAAAAGAACGUACACGAAUUCUUAAAGGUGCAGCGUCCGUAAAGCGAUAGCGAACAGUGCGAUCGAGAGUUGGUGUUAAAACUGCAAUUACUUCGGACAACUUGUACACACAAGUAAGUUCAGUGUUUUCGGUGUUGUGUGAAAAAUUGCCGUGCAGUUGUGAAAAGUUCGUUUUCUUGGAAUACGAAGCCCAGGAUUCUGAGGUCUAAGAUUUGAGGGGAUAAUUUACAAAUAUCGAAAGAGGUAAAUGUGGCACCGACCACAUUACAACCAUCCACAGCAAUGCAACAGUAUGGAUCGUGCCCAUCAUUCGUCCUCCCACCACCACAUCUCCUCUCCGCAGGACCACUCGCCGCAACACGCUCUGACUUUGCACCCCGAGCACCUGUCUGCCACGUUUGUGCGAAGGUACGUUCCCCAAACGCCGCCCCAAGUGCGCAGAGCCUACUUGCAGUUUCCGCCGCCUCCCAAAUACCCGCCUUCCACGUCUAAGAUGGAGGAUUUCAGCGUGGCGGGGCCUUCGACGUCGAGACAAGACCACUGGGAGGUGCCUGUCCCCAACGACUACUCCUACGCUUACUACGAACCCGGACCCCCCACGAAGCACAUGAAUGUGCCCAGUACCUACCGAGGGGGCUCGUACAGGAGCAGGCACACCUACCUGACGAGGUACGGCACCGAGGAGAACAUAUACGAAGAAAUAAGCGAUAUAGCUCGAGCUAGAUUGCACCACCAGGAGUCCCUGAUGUCCCUGAACCAAAGCUUAGUCGAGGAGGAGGUCCGUAGGGUGCAAAGCGGCCACCGACGCGUGUUGGGCGAGUUGAACCUCUCAGUGGAGGCCAUGCUGAUGCCUUCGAGCUCGCGGGAGGGCAGCGAGGAGGACCGCGACAACGAGGUCGAAGACACGCUGGCGGACCUGCUGACAGUCGGCCCGACCGACGAACUUUUGUCUCCGGUGCCCAUUGUGGAUUUGGACAGUGGAUUCAGUGGCAGUUCUAGUGGCGCGAGUUACCGCAGUGCGGCCGGAAGCCUUCGCAGAGGCCCUGAGAGGCCCAAAAGUUCCUCGUCCUACGGCCCGAGGUGCUCCACUCCCGCAGACUGCGGCACGCCCAACAAGAGCUUCUGGGGCAAGAAGGCCUGGAAGAAGAUCACCGCCUUUCCAAGCAACAUCAGUCUGAACAAAAAUAAAGAUGAGCCGCGCAUGCGCGCCGGCGCGUGGGAGGUGGACGCCAGCGGCGGUUGCGAUCUGCACAGGGUGGCGGCGCCGCUGUCCGCCGUCGCGCCCGCCUCCGCGGCGGCGGGGUCCCACAACCGAACCUUGCAGCACACCGCGUCUCAGAGGAGUUCGGAGGACAGCUGGUGUUCAGGUUCGGAUCCCGACCUGUCGUCGGACGACGAAAGCGAACGAAGCGCCGCUUCCAGCAGUAGAAGUAAUGGUCAAUUGAGGAACACGCUGAACAAAGCCCGCACCCUGUGGAGAGGCAGCGGCGGCAUAGGUAGCCCGAAUAGGCUGUCGCUGGACGGCACGCUGCCUGGGGACACGUCCCCGCAACACCAAAGCAACCAGGGAAAGCUGUCGAGGUGGUUUUCUAUACGCAGGGGCAGCAGCCAUCAGUAUGACAUCGAGGGGGCGGACGCGCAGAAAAACGCCCAAGCUGGGAACAAAAUGCCACAACUGCCUGAAGUGGAGGAAGAAAGCAACAUCUCCUUCCCCAACUGCACUCCCCAGCAGAGGAGAACGCUGCCCCCCUCGCUGCCACCUCCCCCGCCGGAUUUGAGUCCCAACCAAUUGAAACGGCGAAUGAUUGUAGCCCAAAUUGUACAUACAGAAAACUCCUAUAUAGCCACUCUACAAAGAUUAGUAAAUGACUACAAAAAACACCUGGAAGAAAGCACCCCGCCAAUCCUAAACGCUACCAAAAUAUCGACGUUAUUUCUAAGACUACCAGAAAUUCUUCAGUGCCAUACGUUGUUCAGGAUAGCUCUAGCAGAAUGCGUGAGAAAUUGGGAUAAGGACGAAAAAAUCGGCGAUGUUUUCGUGGCUUCUUUCUCGAAAGCCAUCGUCUUGGACAUUUACAGCGGUUUCAUCAACAAUUUUUCGCGGGCCAUGGACCUGGCCAAAAUGGAGGCCAAAAGGAAGAGCGCCUUGGCUGAUUUUUUCAAGGUGAAACAGAUCAGCUCGCACGAUCGGUUAUCAUUUUUCGGCUUGAUGGUGAAACCAGUCCAAAGAUUCCCGCAGUUUAUCCUGCUAUUGCAGGACCUGCUCAAAUACACCCCUCAAGGACACUACGAUAGAAUGUCUUUACAACUGGCCCUCACGCAGUUAGAAUCCUUAGCUGAGAUGCUGAACGAAAGGAAAAGAGAAGCCGAGCAGUAUCAAGCGUUCAAAGAGAUGCUGAGGAAUAUAAGCGGAAAAUUCGCAGCUAGGCCUUUGUCUGAUGGAGUCAAGCAUCGGUAUUUGUUGAGGGAGGACAAUGUUACUCAAAUUGAAUACAGCCAGAACGGCAUGAUAACGAAGACCAAAUCCCGACGCUUGCUCCUACUGAACGACCUUGUGGUAUGCGUAUCGGUAGCAUCGAAAUCGGACGAUUUUGGGGCCAAUGAAAGGCUGAGUCUCAAAUGGACUUACCCCGUCUCCGACAUAGAAAUCCAAGACACGAGCACCUCACCCACGUUGUCCCGAAUUUUGACUGCAGGCCACAGCAAAGGUGGCAGCAUAAAGAGUAACGGGUCUUUCGAUGGUACUCAGCCACAGGACGCGAAUAACCUCUGCAACGAGAUGAGCACUCUCAUGCACGAUUACGAGGUUAUGAGUCGUAUCAACGACUUGACGGCUUCCUUGAAAGGAGUGUACAAGGAAAUUAGCACCGACAGUACAAGAAAAAUACUGCAACAAAUCCAGUUAUCGAUACAGCACAAGGACGAAGAGAUGGCGUGGGUGGAUUCGUGUUGUCUCCAGUUGGUUGUUAAAAACAAAGGCAAGGAGGAGACGUACACUUUUCAAACCGAUAAUCCCUCGGUUAAGAAGGAGUGGAUUACGGAGUUGAGGUUGGCUCAACUGGCGCUGGAUCCGAACAAUUCGCCGGCCUGGGAAGUCCCCGAGCAGGAGCAGAGGCCGUCGACUAAAAUGCCGCUGUUCGUCAGGUCGCAGCCUGUGUAUCAGUCACAGCAUCAAACUGAGGUGCGCUGCGGCUGCUACUACACGACAACAUCCCAAAAACCGACGAAGAAGCGUCACAAAUCGCAGAGCUACCUGUGGCUUUGCAUCUCCAACGGCGUCAGCAGCAGCAUUUCGGUACUCAGUCAGCACCACCACAACACCGAAGUGUUAAAAGACGUGGUCACGUUCUCGUUGGUGGAAACCCAAGUGACCGCGAUGGAAUUCGUCAAGGGUACCAACCUCAUGGGACCGAGUCUGGCCGGCGAGACGGUUUGGCUGGGCACCGUCAGCAGGAAGAUUAUCAUCUAUGCCGCCGACGAACCGGAGAAGCAGGAGGAGUUGGGUACCACCGUAGUAUCUGACGUAGUAAUGCAGAUCAAAUAUCACUGUGAUAAUGUGUAUGUUGCCCUCGGUAAUGGUACUCUAUACGUGUACAAGAAAAACCCCGUGGAUGGUGCUUGGUUGUUGAACGAACCGCAAAUAGUAACCUUAGGUGUAGAACCGAUAUCAUCUCUACUACCAAUUAAUAUGUGUAUAUACGCGGCGUGCGGUAAAAAGGUGUGGGUUCUUCAUGGAGCCACAGGUGAAAUCCAGAAAAGUUUCACCAUACAGCACGAGCAUGUAGGGAAUGUUAACCUGAUGGCGCACAGUGGUAUAGGUCUGUGGAUAUCGCAGAAAAACUCGAGUACCAUUUGCCUGUACCACACCGAAACCUUCAAGCACCUGCAAGACAUCAACAUCGCCUCCAUAGUGAUGAGGGUGACGGGGUCCGGCUCUAGAGACACCAUAAACAACAACAGAGCCCACGUGAGCGUUACGGCGUUGUUGGCCUGCAAAGGCCUUCUGUGGGUGGGCACGAACGUCGGCAGAACCCUCACCAUACCUCUGCCGAGAUUGGAGGGCGUACCGAUCAUCAGCGGCAGAGUGAAUAUAUCGUACCACGCUCAUUUCGGACCGAUUACAUUCUUGCUAGCCUUGCAGCCAAAGAACUUCGCCUCGAAUCUUUCGAAAACUCUCUCCAACGCCGCAAAGGACGAUAAAAUGGAACCGGACAGUUUGGAGAACAGCUUCACGGAAAAAUCGGAAAGCGACCGGCCCAAAAUGGAGAAGCAGCUGUCCGAUAUAUCGCAGAAACUGAAGUUCCAACUGAGUAGUAGCCCGGUAGCUUUGCGCAGACGCCGAUCGAAAGAUUCCGACAUAUCGCGCUUAUCUAAAACGUUACCGCGCGGUAUCGGCACGGGUGGCUCCGUGUUCAGCACUUCGAGCACUUCGUCGCAAAGUUCCGGCGACACGUGCAACGUCUACGGGUUGUACGGCGAUUUGAUGUACGUAAAAGACUACGAGAGGGACGAGAACAUUUUGAACGAGACGUUCAACGAAUCGCGAAGAAAAAGCGACCCCGAAUUGGCCGCGAUACCUAACAAAGUCAGCACUCUGGAUAGGAGGUUGAAAAUGAAGGUCAGCAGGCCUAGAUCGCUGGAUCUCUCCAACUGGUCUGUGGACUCUAGAUCCUCAAGUCUGUGCACUUCUUCAGGGAGUGAAGAGAGCAUGGCGAUUCGGCACAGCAUCCACGGGAGGAGCAUUUCGCGUAACAACUCCAACGCAAGCAGACAAUUAAACGAAAACAACACCUCAAAAGUAGAAAAAGAGCCGCCGCAGCCUACUGCCGCGGCAAAAACAAAAACCCUCAAAACCAACGCAUUCGACAACACCCGCAGAACCGUCAUAACUCUGAUGGGCGGGAGAGGUUACGUGAAUUGCAGACAGCCGUGCUGCUCGGCCGACAAAAACAAAACGACAGCGCCUGUCAAGGAGGCGAACAGUAACGAUGCGCAUAUCGUGAUAUGGGAGCUAAAGUUGUGAUUUCUUCGGACGGUGGAUAGAGAAAUGUUAUUAUACUUAUUAUAUUUGAAAUUUUUUAUAUUACGGAAAGAGUCGCGUCUUAAUUUAUUCGACAUCAAUGUUUUUAUUUAUUUUGUAAUAAAUGUCAUCACAAAAAAAUACUUGAAUGUGUACUGUUAUAUUUAAUUAUAAUGGUUGUAUGUACCUAUUAAAUAAUAAUUUUAUUAUUGUUCUCUGUGUUAUAUUAUUAAAGUUAAUAUGUAAUAGAUUUGUGUUUUAUUUUUUGUUCAACUGG